UUUGCAGUACGAUAUAGAUAAUCGAAGUCAUAUACAGACACAGAUUCCAGAUUCCCCAGCUAAGCUUCAACACUUCAAACCACUUUCUUCUUCUUCUUCUUCACUAUCUCCUCCUCAUCCUCCUCCUCUGUUAUAUUCCAAAGUUCUAUCCCUUUCACAAAUCCAAACGCUAUCAUCACUUUACUCGAAGACACAGAGAAAUGAGUGAAGACUCGAAGAAGAACAUUCUCGGAGCUCCUCCACCGGCGAGGCACAACAACUCCGAUGACAUCAAACCCCCACUCUCACCGCCACCUGCCCCCACCAAGAAAAUCAUCAUCAAGAGUGCCGACAUGUUGCCCGACAUGCAAAAAGAGGCUGUCGAUGUCGCCGUCAAGGCGUUUGAGAAGUACAAUGUGGAGAAGGAUGUUGCUGAGCAGAUAAAGAAGGAGUUCGAUAAGAGGCAUGGUCCCACUUGGCAUUGCAUCGUUGGUCGUAAUUUCGGCUCAUAUGUGACUCAUGAAACAAACCACUUCGUUUACUUCUAUUUGGAUCAGAAAGCGGUCUUACUUUUUAAAUCUGGCUAGCAACCAUAUUGUGAUGGUGGCCAAGAGGUUGACAUCAAUGAAAUUGUCUUGUGAUCUUGCUGCUAUGUUAAGUCCUCCCUGUAUUAAUUCCACAGUAUGCAAACAUGUGGCAGAAACAUUCUUGUGCUUGUAUAUUUGAUGUGAUGUACACUAGUUUUCUCUUUUUUUUUCCGUAUGAAUGUACACUAGUUCUCUCUAGUUUGAAUAUGCAUAUAAGGAUUAACCAUUUAAAGUUUCCUAAA